UCCUUAACCACGUGGACCCCAGAUGCCAGAGUGCCUAUGGCAAACAGGAGGGCUGAGGAUGGGUUUGCUGCUGUCUGGGUAGAGCUGAGCAUUUCCUGUGCCCUGUGCCUCAUUAGCACACCGGUGGAGGGUGCUUCCUGUCAGCGACUCUUUCCACUCUGCCAGAGUGGCUUGCUGUUUUCACACUGCCCUGGGGAUUGGAGGAAGAAGAGUUUCUCACGAAAUCUCUGGGCCUCUUGGCAGUCGUCCCCCUUCCUGACCGGCCCCUCAUGUUUCCAUCAACUGGCAGAAACUCGAGAGUGGCCCCACCACGUCACACUGGGAGCACCAACAGCUGGUGAGAAAGAGCACGUCUCCAGCCGUGGGCCUUGUGGCCUCCUCCAGGAAACCAGAUCGGAUACCUCUGAGUCUUGUACCAACUCAGCCUGGAAUUGCAGGUGAAGCAACUUAGAAAGAGCUAAGGAACGUGGAAGCCGUACUGGCUAGUCAAUCCCGACGCUGAGAAGGCUUAGAAGCUGCAAAGCCCCUCAGAGGUCCAGUGAUGUACACCAGCCUGGCCCCUCCAGAGGUCACAAGAAGGAACUCAGAGCCCCGCACUCAGCAGGGGACAGUUGGCAGCCUGGAAGGAGAGAAAGGCCAGAUCAUCUUCCCAGGCUUUGUAGUGCUCCUGAGCAUCUUCCUGGUCAUCAUAGCUGCCUGUAUCCUGUGGAGCUGGAAGAAACAGAAAAAGCGGCGCGUUCCUUACUUCCAAGUUGCUCCAUCACUGACUCUGCCUCCGCCCAGACAGCGAGCCAAAAAUAUUUAUGACUUCUUGCCCCGGCAGCAGACAGAGCUGGGGAGACAUCAGCUGAGUGGUUUUAGUACCGAGAGCCUCCUCUCCUCAUCUGACAGCCCUGAGCCUGAGGCCCCCGGAGGCAGUGGCUCCCUUCAGAUGCAUAGAGUGUCUGUUCAUGCUGUGGAAUACACAGUAGGCAUCUACGACAAUGGCACAGCGCCCCAGAUGUGUGGGCACCUGGCCUCCUCGGCACUUCAAGUCUGUGUCAGAACUUCCGGAGAUAAGGCCAGCAUUUCCUCCAAGGAGUCAAACGAUUAUGUCAACAUCCCUAUAGCAGAGGACACCAGUGAGACUCUAACCUGCAUCGAAAGCACUCCUAAAAAUCCCCUUGGUCUUCCAAGUGCCCUGCGGCUGGAGUUUGCUGAAGGAGGGCCCACAGGCUGUGGGAAUGCCACCGACCACACUGGUGUGUGGGCUCCAGGACCGGAGUGCAGUGAUUCACUCAGCAAUGGAGACAAUUCAUCUCAGACUUCAAACGACUACGUCAAUAUGACAGGGUUGGAUCUUGAGGACAUCCAAGAGAAUCGGCCCAGGGGAGCUUUUCAGUGCUGCAGAGAUUAUGAAAAUGUCCCAUUGGUAAAUACCAACGAAAGCCAGAUGCAGACUCUGGAAGAGGUGACAUCGUCAACUACAGAUCACAAGGAGCCUGUCUGGAGGACCCUCUCUCCAGCGUAUGGUACGGCAUUUCAGCCGUCCGCAUGCAACGAGGACAGUGCAGUGGUCCAUGGAGAAGAGCAGUCAAGCGAAGACUCUAGUGACUAUGAAAAUGUGCUGGUUUUUGAGUUAGAAGGGAGGGAUGGAAACGGGCCUGGCACUCAGCAUCCUUCUGAUGAAGGAACACCACCAGGCGACCUAGCCGGAAAGCUUUGUGAGGUGGUCUACCCUGCUGGGUCUUUAGCCACUGAAACAUCUGGUGAAGACGCCUGAAUGGCCUCGCAUCUCGCAGGACUCACUUGGUUAGGCAAAGGAAGCAGAGAGGAACUGGGCACUUAGCAGGCUUCCCUAAAGCAAAAGUUUAGCAAGUCCAGAGAAUCCUUCUCCAGCAAGACUGCUGUUAGCUCUCAGGCCAACUGAAGAAAGUUAGUGACACUAUGUCACGGGGAUGUUGGGGGCCGGGAAGCACAUAGCACUUAAGAGUGGAAGGCGUGACGUGGUAGAAAAUAAUCACUGUCACAAACUCCAGUUGGCUGCCGAGCAGGAGAGCGGAUUAUUCUGUGGCCAAAAGGAGGAGCAGGCAGAGGUAGGGCAGGGGAAGAGCUGGUGAGGGUGUAGAACUACAAGGGUCCUGUCGCUGCUGGUGGACUGCAAAUCAUACCUGCCAUAGGAGCCAUCCGUUUCAUCCUUAGGAAUUGAAACUAGUUUUAAUGUGUACUGGAGUUGUACAAAUAAGUUCAUCUGUUGUAGAUAAGGAGAGACACAUUCCCUUUAAACGGUCUCUAUUUUAUAAGCCUGAGUGAUAUGUGGCCACUUUCUUUCUUUUUUUUUUUUUUUAACUUUUAAUUCUCUGUGGAUUUCACAUCAUGCACCCCAAUCUCACUCAUCUCUCUAUGUCUUUCUAUCUGCCCUCCACCCUUGCAGCCU